UCACUGGUUUACCCCCCCUAUCACCAUCUUUGUUUGCUUGGACAGGCACUCUGUCUGACGCUUGUCUACCAGCUGCUCCCAAAUCACUCUCUACCACAGACCCGGCCUGCACCAGGCCCUAUCUUCUCUUGUAUUGCACGUAUCCCCGCUUGCCAUCACUCUCAUUUCAGAGAAAGCAAGCUCUUGGCCCGUCUUGACACUCUUUUCUUGACAACCUCAAACCCUCUCUUCUGGGCCAUCCCCAUCUCGGCCGAAAGCCAACUUACUACCUACCCCAUCUACCUUAGCUACCUACGCGCCAAGCUCUGUGCUUUUCAGCAAUGGCGACGCGCGCACUCCUCCUCGCCCUCGCCAUCAUCGCCCCCCUCCUGCCCCUCGCCUCCUGCUCCGGGCUCGGGGUGGCGGCGGCGCUCCCGCACAGGGGCGUGAUCCCCGAGGACAGCAGGGCCUUUGGCUUCACCCGCUCGGCCCUGCCGCUGCAGUCGGUCCCCUGGCAGCAGCAGCAGCAGCAGCAGCAGCAACAGCACCCCGCCGGCGGCGGGCGGCAGCGGCGCACCACGCCCACCAGGUCCCUCCUCUCCCACGACGCGGCCGAGCACAAUGUCGCGCUCGAGUACGCCGCGGCGGAGGGCGACAGGGAUCUCCUGCCGACCGAGACGCGGUCCCCGAGCGCCAACUCGACCGAGAAGUGCCUGCUGUGGCACGACGGGCUCGGCAGGCUCAACUGCCACCAGUUCUCGCUCGUGUUUGGCAGCCGGCGCAAGCUCUGGAUCUGGCAGUGGUGGAACAAGAACGAGAUCACCAUCCGGGGUGAGCACAACAUUUGGAAAAAGGACGUCCUCAGGUGCGAGGGGACCAAGUGGACCACCGUUACAAGUUGGCUGCCCUACACGAUUGUGAUCCACAGCGGUAGAACGUGCGAGUUCACGCCUGACGACAGCCACAACUACGAGGGCGUCAUCGUCAAGUACGCCAACCAGUACUACGACGCCAACAAGGACUGCGAGCUGAGGAACGGGUACGAGACGCUGCGCUGCCUGAUCCCCAUCGACCCGGCCGUCUGGAACUCGACGAGCCCUUGAGCUUCCUGUCUUCUCCCCAUCAUCCUUCCAUUCAAUUCGGCCGCCUUGUCUUUUCCGAUACCCCUUUGUUACAUACCUUUGUCCCCUGUUGCUGAAUGCGCAUCACUCGUUCGGCCUGUCUGGUACCGGCGUGGAAUCAUCAUGUCCGUAACGUCUGCC